AUGGAACUCGUGGACCUUCAAACGAGGGUGAAAGCGUACCGCUUUGUGGCUUAUUCUGCUGUCGCCUUUUCAGCCAUCGCAGUACUUUCCGUAUCUGUUACACUACCUUUGGUCUACAGAUAUUUGAAAAUGGCAACACAGCCAAAUAACAGAACUGCUCGUCAGGCAGGAUACAAAGAAGGUUCAGUGGCUGGCGGUGGAGCGCAACCCAACUGUGAGUCAUGUUGUGUCAGAGGAGCGCCUGGUCCAGCAGGAACACCGGGAAAAAACGGAAGGCCGGGAAACCCCGGAGCACCAGGAACACCUGGAAGUCCUGGAAGACCUCCGGUGCAGCCAUGUGAACCUGCAACCCCUCCACCAUGUAAGCCUUGUCCACAAGGGCCUCCAGGACUUUCGGGGCCGCCUGGUCCACCAGGAGAUGCAGGCGGACCAGGUCCAGGUGGACAACAAGGAAGUGAGGCAGCACCAGGAGAACCUGGGCCAAAAGGACCAUCAGGACCUCCAGGUAAUAAUGGAGCACCCGGUGCACCAGGUGAACCCGGAGCAAACGCAGAGUCAGAAGCACUUGUACCUGGAGAGCCUGGGCCAGGUGGGGAGCGUGGACCUCCCGGCCCACCGGGAGAGAAUGGACAACCCGGUGAAGAUGGUGGUGCAGGGAAUCCCGGUCCUAAGGGACAACCUGGAGAGCCCGGACCGCCGGGAGCUGAUGGAAAGCCAGGAGAUGGAGGUCAAGCAGGAAAGGCUGGAGGUCCUGGAGAAAAGGGAGUGACGGCACCCGGCGGUGAAGGAGAGACAUCUAACUAUGUCAAUAAAGAUUUCAAUUUUAAAUACACACAGCACGUUUUGCCCAAUGUUUCAAUUUUUCAAGCUCCUGUCUCUAGUGGGAAGAACUCCGAUUCCACUAUCACAAAAGCUUAUCAACCGAAUCUUUCAACAUGGCUUAAUGAUAGUAUACGUUUUUUAUCAUUGUAUUCACUUAGUUUUGGAAACAUGAACAAGUAG